CAUCAGUAUACUAGUUACGAUGGCGAGCAAGAAACAUUUUUUUAUUCUAAUAUGUCUUAUAUUAUUUUGUUUAACCCAAAAUAUCAAUGCGCAAGAAUCGACUGAUCCUGCUAAUGGAGGUUCUAAUAAUAUGCAAAGUACGUUAUAUCGUGAUUGGUUGUAUAAAUCUAAUGAAUCAAAGAAUAACGGUGAAAAAUCUGAUAGCACUCCUGGACCAAAUGAAUCUCCAUCAGGAACGAAUACACAAAGCGAUCUUAGUAAAUCCGAUAGCUCAGGAGUAGGAGGAUCUGAAAAUAACAACGAUCAAACUACAUCUUCGCAAUCUGCAAACCAAAAUAUUUCAUCUGAAACAGCAACACAAGAAUCAUCCACAUCAAGAAUUAGUAAUCCUGAAGAAAAUGGUCAGAGCGAAGGCAUGGGAUCUGAAAAUAAUAAUGAUAAAGACGAUUCUUCAAAACCUGGAAAUUCAAACGACCCUUUAAUUACUGGAAUAGGACAGAAUUCAGAAACAUCAGGUCCAGCGACUAAGAACGCCACAGAAAAUGAACAAAGUGGUACAGAAAUGGGGGAAACUGGAACUUCUGGAAACAGUGAUCAAAAAGAAUCAUCCAAUAUUGGUUCUGAUAACGGUUCUAACAAUAUGGAAAGUAGCUCAUACCGUGAUUGGUUGUAUAAAUCUAAUGAAUCAAAGAAUAACGGUGAAAAAUCUGAUAGCACUCCUGGACCAAAUGAAUCUCCAUCAGGAACGAAUACACAAAGCGAUCUUAGUAAAUCCGAUAGCUCAGGAGUAGGAGGAUCUGAAAAUAACAACGAUCAAACUACAUCUUCGCAAUCUGCAAACCAAAAUAUUCCAUCUGAAACAGCAACACAAGAAUCAUCCCCAUCAAGAAUUAGUAAUCCUGAAGAAAAUGGUCAGAGCGAAGGUAUGGGAUCUGAAAAUAAUAAUGAUAAAGACGAUUCUUCAAAACCUGGAAAUUCAAACGACCCUUCAAUUACUGGAAUAGGACAGAAUUCAGAAUCAUCAGGUCCAGCGACUAAGAACUCCACAGAAAAUGAACAAAGUGGUUCAGAAACAGGAGCAACUAGAAGUUCGGAAAGCAGUGAUUCAAAAGAAAAUAUCAACGAUCAAACUACACCUUCGCAAUCUGCAAACCAAAAUAUUCCAUCUGAAACAGCAACACAAGAUCCACAGUCACCUACAUCAGAAACUAGUAAUUUUGAAGAAAGUGGACAGAGUGAAAGCAUGGAAUCUGAAAAUAGCAAUGGUAAAGAUGGUUCUUCAAAACCUGGAAAUCUAAAUGAUCCUACAUUUACUGGAAUGGGACAGAAUCUAGAAUCAUCAGGUCCAGCGACUGAGAAUGCCACAGAAAAUGAACAAAGUAGUACAGAAAUGGGAGAAAUUGGAACUUCUGGAAACAAUGAUCCAAAAAAAUCAUCGAAUACUGGUUCAAGUAGCGGAGUAGGACAAAAUUCAGAGUUAUCAAAUCCGUUACUUAAAGACAGUACCGAAAUUCAGCAAAGUCGUUCAAAAACGGGAAACGACGAAACCUCUGGAAACAAUGGUCGAUCAUCUAAGACUAGUUCUAUCAAAGGAAAAAAUUCGAAUAAAACCUCUUUCUCAAAAGAACCAUUAAUAUAUCAAGCUAUAGAUUUCGUACUCAAUCCCGUAGAAGGAGCCACCAGAAUUUUUCUUAAUGCACUUCGAAGAUCUGGAGGUGCCAUAGUAAAAUCGACUGGUGAAAUAGGUUCUGAUAUAGCUUCAUUGGCUUCUCAAGUGGGUGGGGUACUUUCAAAACCAUUAAAAAUUCUAAAGUUACCAGAAAAUAUAGCCAUAGGAUCUGUUGUGUUGGCUGGCAAUAUCGCUUCUAGAUUUGGAGGUGUCGCACUUGGUGCCGCGAAGGAAACUACAGCUGGUGUAGUCGAAUCAGCUGCUGAAGGAGUUACAUUGGGAGGAACUGUAGGACGCACAGGAAUUAAUACAACUAAAGCUGGUGUUAAGGGCGCAGCAAACGGAGCAACUAACGAAGCGAAGAAAGCUCUCAAUGCUACUAAGAACUACAUUGUCAAAAAUUGUGUGUGGUAUAGGAUAGGAUUCACGAACAAUUGUGUUCCCUUUCGUUUAUGGAAAUUAACCGAAUUCCCGUUCAAAUUCACUAUCAAUACCGCUAUCCUACCUGUUAAAUUAGCUAUAGAUGCUGCUCUUUUGCCAGUUACUCUUCCAAUAUCCGCUAUCACUUUACCCAUAAAAUUGGCUCUUGGUUCAUUUAAACUUGGUGGAGCUGUAGCUAAAGAUAGUGUCGCAGGUGCCAAACUUGGAUUUAAGGGAGCAAAAGCAGCUGCACCAUCUGCGUUUACGGGUGCCAAAGCCAGUAUAAAUGCAGCUGGUCAAUUUGGUGGACGACUUUUUUACCAUAUCCGACGCUUUUUUGGAUUAUUCAUUUAAAUUUAGUGUAUUUACAUGUAUUUUUUGAAUCUAUCGUCUGUAAACUACAUAAACUUCACCUAUGUCUCAAUAUACUCUAUGUAUUAUAAUCAAACGAACAUCAUAUAUUAUUUUAGCAAGUGAGUGAAUUUUAUUGUUGUCGGUUAUUAUUAAACGGUAAUAAAUUAUAAUUUUUUUAGA